GAAGUUGCCUCAGUACGCUUUCGAGCAGCAUAAUGUCAACAAGAGGUGCCUUUGCCCGCUUUGCAGUUUUGGUAACAGCGGCGGUCUUUGCACUGCUCCUCCUUUUGGGCGCAUUACAGCGCACGGAUGAUCUAAAGCCCACCACUGCCUUGGGUAAAUAUGGAGGUAGUAGUGAAGUAGUGAUGGGUGCAGGAGGAAAGGUAACACCGCCAUCUGUUCAUCAUUUGGAGGAGCCCAUAAAGGAGGAGCUGGUGCGUCAGUUGGAGCAGGAAUUGCCCGAGGUGAACUAUAGUUUCUGGUACCAUUGGGCCAAGCCCAUGGGCUACAAGGCGAACAAAACGUGUGCUCCAUAUCCCGAUCCCCUAGACUUGCAGCUGCACAACAUUUACUGGCAAAGUUUUGUGAACUCCAAUGUGACCUUUCGUUUGUAUGCUGCCUAUUUGGACAAGAGAAAACCGCUGAAAUUGCCCACGGUGAGGAUUUUGGCCACUGCCAAUCAGAUUGGCGACGCAUUUCCGCCCACCCAUUGCCAAUUGUGGUUUGAGGGCUAUCGAGAGCCUGUUUUCGUGGACGUUUCCGAAUAUCUCACUGUGUGGGUGAAGGCGUGGGGCUUUAAACGAAAUUUAAACUACCCGCACUUGUUGAGUUGCCCCGUGCCCAGGCACCUGGCGGCGAUGAUUUCAAUGCCAAAAACAGUUUCGUUGGUUGUCAAACGUUGCGAUAGGGCCAGUAACUCUUUGAGGGUUAACCAGGCUGAGUCACCUUUGACCUCUCAGAAUGCCACCCAAAAACUCAAGAAUCAAAAUGCAACCCUGAACUUUGGAGUCUGCGUCAAGGGUUUCGACUUUCCCUAUGUGGAUUUAUCUGAACGAUUGAUCGAGUGGUUCGAGUUGCAGAGAUUAUUGGGUGCCUCGAGGAUCUAUGCCUAUAUGUACGAUGUGCAUCCGGCGGUUCAGCGCGUUCUCGACUAUUACCAGCGGACGGGAUUCCUGGAGCUGCGACCUUUGACCUUGGCCAAUGGAAUGCCCCGGCUGAGGCACUACCAACACAUGUUGCUGCAACAGCGAAAGCUGGAGAAGCGGCUCAACGAGCUGAUACCCUACAAUGAUUGCUUCUACAGAAAUCUGGAUCGUCACGAUUAUCUGGUCAACGUGGACGUGGAUGAGGUGAUAAUGCCCAAGGGUGAGAAUCGCAAUUGGCAUCAGUUGGUGCAGAAGGCGCAUGCCAUGGAUACUGAGAAGGGCGGCACAUGUGCCGGUCGCUUUCCCGCACUGUGCUUCAUAAACUCCUACUUCACCAAAGUGGUUGCCGAGUUGAGCAAUCACGAGGAGCAGGCCAUUGCCGGCGAGCUGUUUGUGCUGCAGCAUACGCAGCGAUUUAAGAACUACUCCCUGCCCGGCAGAGCCACCAAGUGUUUCCACAAUUCGCGACUUUCGUUGACACUACACAAUCACUUCACGCUUAAGUGGCUACCCGGUGGCUGUAAUCCGCGCACCCUCGAAAUUUCGGUGGCCCAAAUGCAGCACUAUCGCGAACCGGAUGGGAAAUAUAACUCAACCGAUCUGGUGGAGGAUCGAACUGUGUGGAAGUUUGCCGGCGAACUGCGUGCCGCUGUGGAGUAUGUGUGGCUUCAUCUGGACGAUGUGCUGCUGGCCCAGUUCAGCGAUCCCGAGGAGCAGCAGCAGCUGGAGGACUCGCUCGACCAGGACGGCGAAGAGCUGGAGCGGGAGCAACAGCCGCUCCAGCAAGUCGUCCAGGUUCCAGCGUUGCCCGAACCUUAGUUUUAGUUUUGGUGAUAGUAUUUAUUUGUGUUCUGUACUUGAUGGUUUCUGGGCUGCAACGAUGCUUUCCUUAAUACAUAUGUUUGUCCGUCUGAUAAUAAGUUUUUCAGCUAGGGGUAUGAAGUUUGUUUUCAACAUUUUUUCCAAACCAAACACAUUUCAAGUGUGCUUUUUACAAUUUUGAUACUGAACUGAUCUAUAGUUUGUUUGUCCGUCUGAUUUGAACAUUUGUAUAUGGACAUUUUCAGGAAAGUUCAAUUUUCAUUCAUUCAUAUAUACAUAUAUCUAAAAACAACCAUAAACAAUAAGAUAUUUUCGGAACAGUUUACGCUCUAUUUACCCCACGCUCACAUGCCUACUUAUUAAUUUUAAUUAGAAAAUUGACUCACGGAACCAAAGGAGUAUUGGGCAUUUGAUAGUCGAAAAACCGACUAUAUACAUUUUUUUUUAAUUUAUUAUUUGUGACAAAUAUACUCACUUAAAGCCUGCAAAUGCAAAAAAAAAACUUAUCCAUCCAUCAUACUUCAGAAGUUCAGAGUGUAGUUUUUUUCAGCUGCAGUGAUAAGCAUGGAAUUUGCAGUGAUUGGUUGCUCUAGGACUUCAAAAAAUCUUAUCUACGGGGGAAGUGGAAUCGAAACGUCACAUCUGCGUCACUCCGCGAAUCUUUCGAAAGUUUCAUGGGUGUACACCAUCUCAUUAAGUAAGAACACAGUUCAUUAAGGCAGGUAAUACAAUAUAGGCAAAGUCACAGAGCGGAAAUUGGAUUCCGGUGUGGGUUAUUCCCGGGACCUGAAAACAGCACUGCCUAAGUUUGUAUAUAAAAUUAAGGUCAAUUCUAUGGCACGCAUAAAAUUGAUUGAUCAGCGAAUAAUAGAGA